AUGCGCACCUCUGUCGUUAUCGUGCUGGCCCUUGUGGCCCUGAUGGCCAUGGGCACCACCGCCCAGAACGCCACUGCGCCUGCCAAGGCCGCGGCCAAGAACGCGACUGAGACUGUCAAGGCUGCCGCUGAGAAGGCCACCGCCCCCAUCGCCGCCGCCGCCGCCAACGGCACCGCCGCCGUCAAGGAUGCCGCCGAGAAGGCCACCACCACCGUGAAGGCCGCAGUCGCCAACGCGACCGCCGCCGCCAAGGGCGCCGCCGCCAAUGCCAGCUCGCUGCUGCCCGCCACCGGCAACGCCUCUGAGGCGAAGGCCAGUGCGCCCAAGAGCUCCGCCUCGACCUUCGCUGCCUCUGGCGUCCUGGCGGGCGCGGCCGGCGCUGCCAUGCUGCUCCUGCUCUGA